ACUAGAUUAAAAGAUGUGACAAGUGGUGGGGGUUUUCAGUUGAAGCAGUUGUACAGAAAUAUUGAACAGAGCUCUCUGCUUACGAAUCGUAUUUUGUCUUUACGUGCAGUUAGUUCUUGCAAUACAAAAAUGUCAAAGUAUACAAUUGUUAUGGUACGUCAUGGAGAAAGCGAGUGGAAUAAAUUGAAUUUAUUUUGUGGAUGGUACGACGCCAAUUUAUCCGACAAAGGUAAAGCAGAGGCACUUUCAGCUGGAAAAGCAAUCAAGGAUGCAGGUCUUACUUUUGAUAUUGCUCAUACAUCAGUGUUAACAAGAGCUCAAGAAACUUUGAAAGCAAUUCUUAAAGAAAUAGGUCAAGAAAACAUUCCCAUUUGUAAAACAUGGCGCUUAAAUGAACGCCAUUAUGGAGGUUUAACUGGCAUGAAUAAAGCUGAAACUGCUGCUAAAUAUGGUGAAGAGCAAGUACAAAUUUGGAGAAGAUCUUUUGAUGUACCUCCACCACCUAUGGAGUCAGAUCAUAAAUAUUAUGAAACAAUAGUAAAGGAUCCAAGAUAUGCAGAUGGUCCAAAACCAGAGGAAUUUCCUAAAUUUGAAUCUUUAAAAUUGACAAUUGAUAGAACAUUACCAUACUGGAAUGAUACUAUUAUCCCGCAGUUGAAGGAAGGGAAAAAAAUUAUUAUUGCUGCUCAUGGAAACAGUUUGCGUGGCGUAGUUAAACAUUUGGAUCAAAUGAGCAAUGAUCAAAUAAUGGGUUUAAAUUUGCCAACUGGUAUUCCAUUUAUCUAUGAAUUGGAUGAGAACUUUAAACCUGUUGUUUCUAUGAAAUUCUUAGGUGAUGAAGAAACAGUAAAAGCUGCAAUGGCUGCAGUUGCUGCACAAGGGAAAGCUAAAUAAAUUUUUUUAAAUUUAACAUAAAAUUUCUGUAUUACAAACAAACAAAAGUUAUUAAUUUCUAAAGAUAAUAGUCUUAUAAUUGAAAAAUUAUUUCAUCAUUAAACAGUACAUUGAAUGUAUGUGCAGAAAAUAUUUAUAGAAAAG